CACACAAUCUCAAUGUGCGCACUCAACUCCAUCCUGCUCCAUACAGUCUCUCCCAUCAUCACGAUAAAAACCUCCUAAUUCGCAGCUUUCCAAUGAUACCACUUUCGCCCAAAUCGGCCCAGUGGAAGCUGAGAUAUGAAGUUGGAACCGCGGAAGUCACAUGCGGUGCGAAAGCGUGAGAAGAUUCCGGUAACUCGCCCAGAACAAGCGCGCGCGCGCUCAACAACUCCUCCCUCCUUCGGCACUCACACAACCAUCCAACCCUCAACUUCAGCCUUCAAUCCUCAUCCUUCCCAUCCAACUCCAGUGCAAACUACACCCAAUACUCACGCUACCAUGCGCGCAACUUGGCCACCCGCUGGAGAAUUACAGGUCGAAUAGGAGGAUUGGGCACAGUAAAUUCCGCAGAUCCG